GCCCUGUACAAUUCGAGAAGGAUGAGGAUGAUGUGUUCGGAUUGGAUAAAUUCUUCACAGAUGCCAAGAAGGGAAAGGCCUUGGACAACAUCGGCAACGGCAGCUCGUUAACGGCUGGUUCAUCAUCAAACACGUCGACACUCAGAGAGGGUGGUAAGCGCAGUAUAAACUUUGAGGGUGGGCGCGAUGACGCCAAACGCAGCCGACGUUAGUAUGAUGGAC